AUGAUACAAACCGCAAAUUUUUGUGGUGUGAGUCGAAUAGAAGAAUUUGUUUGUGAAGACAGGAUUAGUGCAUUGCCCGAUGAUUUGCUCGUAAUGAUCUUGGAUCUUGUUCCGACAAAAGAUGCGGUGGCCACCAUGUUUCUGUCCAAACGAUGUGAUGAUGAUGAGCAUGAGCAUGUGGACAGUGAUGAUGAUGAGCAUGAGCAUGUGGACAGUGAUGACGAGAACGAGAAUAAGGAUCAGAAAGUGGAGGAUGAAAGCAAAAAGAGCGUCUGGUGGUUUCUUGAAAAAUCAUUGCAACUCCACAAAGCACCCGUAAUAUCCAACUUGUGUAUUAAACUCGGUCCAAGUUGUCCUACCGACGCUGAUGUCGGGAAGUUGGUUGCAAACGCUGUUGAUCGCUGGGUGCUUGAGAUGAAAUUCAAACUCCUCUGGUCCGCAGAUCCAGCCAGCUUGCCCAAGACCCUUUACUCUUGCCAAUCUCUCAUGACACUGACUCUCUCCAACAAGAUUCUCGUGGAUGUUCCUUCUUCCGCAUCCCUCCCAUAUCUCACAACUCUCAAGCUUCACUAUGUGGUCUAUAAUGACGAUGAUUCUCUUGUUAAGUUAUUAUCGAGCUGUCCUGUUCUCGAGACCCUGUUCGUUAAACGACACAAGAAGGAUGACAAUGUGACCAAGUUUAAUGUGGUAUCGCCUAGCUUAUUGUGCUUUACGUAUGAUAACCAUAGGCGCUGGCCAAAAGACAGCGAUGGUGGAGAUAGUGGUAGGUGCUUGGUCGUAGAUACUCCAGCAUUAACAUACUUUGAAACAUAUGAUACCACGGGAGACUCUUGCUCCAUCGAGAUGUCCUGUCUUGAUACUGCUAUUAUCGACACUGAUUCUUGCCCUGAUGACCAGUUUCUAAGAUCUCUUUCAUCUGUCUCGUAUCUUUGGCUCUAUUUAACUGUUGAAGCGGUAGCCCUCUCCCUCCCUCUCUUUGCUUGUGAUCUCAUUGUU